AUAUGCCAACUUUCUGACGCAAUUUGAUUGGCUACGUCCAAGGAUUCCACCAAUCAGCAGAAUAUGUGAUGUCCCAGACAUUGAAGAUCGCCAUGGAGAUACGAUACGGCAGCACUUCAGAUGCGGCGGCGGCGCCAGAGCGGCACGCCCUUGGAUGGAAAGGCUUCUUCGUCGCCCUCGUGGUGUCGAUGCUUAUCUUUGCUUCGGACAUUCUCUACCCCGUUGACCUGACUCCGCAUGACCCAGCAAGUGCAACGCAAUCAUCCACCGAGCGAACAUUCGAUGUGAUCGUCGUCGGGAGUGGCCCCGCAGGGCUUGUCGCGGCAGAACUGCUGUCCCGUGACCCCGACGUGAACGUGUUGAUCCUUGAAGCUGGCGGUCCGAGUCUCCAGGUGUGAUGCUCUCCGCCUCGCCCAUGUCCCUGAUCUCACGAGUUUGUGCAGUGCACUGGAGGCACGUUGGUUCCUCCGUAUGCCAACGGCACGGGCUUGACGUACUUUGACAUUCCAGGCGAAUAUGCAAAUGUGGCGUUCAUGUUGCCCAGCAACGUCUCGAGCUCGUGGCACAUGGAGUGGUUGGACACUCCCAAGAAUCACCUGGCCAAGCUCGUUGGCGGGUCUUCCUCGAUCAACGCGGCGCUCUACUUUCGUCCGCCUGCAUCUUAUGUGGAUGAGAUUCAGUGGCCAUAUGGAGCGGCCGAUGUCGCGGCAGGCUUUGCCGAGAUCGAAAAAGGGUUUGGCUGGACCGACGUGCCUUCCACCGACGGACUCUGGUACGCCCAAGACGUGUACGCUCACAUGGCGUCGGCGCUCAAGCACUCCGCCAACUUUACUGAGCGCAGCAUCAACCAAACUCCCGACCUCAAGCACCUCGUGUAUGGCCAUCCCCCGUUCACCAUCAAGCACGGGUUGCGGGACUCGCCGGCCAAGACCUUUCUCGGCGCCAUGGCAACUCGAUCGAACGUCGUGUUGGAAAUGUGGGCGACGGCAGUGCAAGUGCAGCACAAACAUGGGCGGGCGUCCGGUGUCGUGUACAACAAAGGCAAUGCGCUCUGGACGGCCCAGUUGCGGUCGCCCCAUGGCGCCGUCUUGUUGGCAGCUGGCACGUUGAACACUCCAAAGCUGUUGCUCCAGUCGGGCAUUGGCCCCACACAGCAACUUCCGCUGGUCCACGCUCUGGGGCUGCCGUUGCCGCUGGGGCCUUGGAUUCAAAACGAAGCCGUGGGCGCGCAACUCUUUGACACCCACCAGGUCGCCGUGACGUUCCGCGCCCCCACCUCUGUCCUGCAAGGCCGUCGCCGCUUUGGAUUCGACUACCUCCAUCCCCCACCAGAGGCUGUCCGCCAGUUUCUGGACCGCCGCGCAGGCCCCCUCACCAGCUCCAACCCCGUCUUCAUCUCGUACGAGUCGGUGGUUCAUCCUACAACCUCGCGCGAGUUCCAUUUCCAAAUCACCGUGUUUCCCCACGCCGUGCCCCCCUACGGGGACAAUGCCAUGGAGUUCACCUUGUGUUUCAACCUCAACAACCCCAUGUCCCGCGCAGCGUUGGGAUUUUCCCCCAAUACCAAUCGUCGUGGUCGUCCUCUGUAUGGGAUGCUGCCCAAUACCACGCUGUAUUGGGACAACGACGACGACCUGGACAUGAUGGUCACGUACAUCAACCAAACAAUCUCACGCCUCUCAGAUGUCGACACCAUGCCCGUGUUUUCACCCCCCGACCAAGCUACGAUCGCUUCGUCAUCGUGGGAAGAAUCCCCACACGAGUGGGUCCGUCAGCAUACAUUGGUGACAGACCACUUCGGCGGCACAUGCUCCGCACAUCCGUCGUCGUCAUCGUCGUGCGCGGACACGAGUCUGGUGGUGCGCGGGACGUCCAACGUGUUUGUAGGCGACGGCAGCCUCGUGUCGGGCGGCUCGGUCAAUCCGUACGGAUUUGUCAUGUACACGGGGUACCAAGCCAGCAUCGGCGUGAAAAAGCACUUGACCAUGUCCAACCAGUCACAUCCGGAUAACUCACAAACCCCCCGUGAUGACAAUCGGGGGGGUGAUUAACGUGAUUAAUUCUACAUCAUACGUACUAUUACAUGA